CGGUGUCACUCUGCUUUUGUUUCUUCGAAGCCACUCAUGUCUUACUAACAGACAAUUACGACUACGACACCGACCACGACGACCACGACAGGGAGGGCGGGACUAAAUAUGAUAUCGGCGACGAGUAGCGCGACGACGGACUCAGAGAUACCCACAGACGAACUCUCACCAGCAAAUCUCUUGCUCCCGAUUCCCGCACCUUCUUUAAACAAUUCACAGUCUUCGUUCUCAUUCUCCCGCACAUCAGAUACCGAAUGGAACUCGCUCCCGCAGGAAGUAGCUUCAGCAGAUAUUUCAAUAGCUCCUGAUGGCAGCUUCGUUGAGACUUCAUGCGGCUCAGCUGCCAGAGAACUAAAGAGGCGCUACGACCAAUUUCUCGGUGUAGGUAAAGAUGUUCGUUCUCCAUAUGCCAUCACCGCCUUCGUCAAUCAGCACGGAAAGCAGAUGUAUCGUGUCAGUCGUCGCGAUGCGAUCGCUCCCGCCGCUGCAGCAGAGGAGGCAGAGAAAAUGACUCACAAGGUGUCCAUGUCCACUGAUGCCUCUCGUACUCGUGCCUCCAAAACCCGUUCCCGCAUGAGUUUCCUCAUCCAGAAUAAAGUAAAGUCCACUGCCCAUGAAUCUCAGUCUAGUUCCAUUAGCUCGCACCCGCGUAAGUUAGUACGAAGGACCCGCUCCAUUCCAGACAUGUUCGGCAUGGCUGCUAGCUCGUCUGCUACGGGCUCAUCUACACGACCCAACCCCACUGGUAGGACUCAUUCACACAGCGUCACUGGUGCAGAUAUGCCACGUCCACAGUCAACUGCACUUUUCCCCGAUUUGCCAAAACAGCCUACUGCAGACAUUUUUGCAGAGGUCAUGCAAUGGCCAAACGGCUCUGUGCCCCCCUCUCCAUUUUCGAGCUCUGGGUUUGAAAACCACACUUUACCAGGUCUCAUACCACAUCCAUUUGGACUCAGCGCCACUUUUGAAUCGCCUACUAGACCUUCUUCCCAUGGGUUUUUACCCAUGCCGCGCGCACUGCGGGAGAUGCAGUCGUUCGAGUCUGGUUUGACUGCGCGCGCAGGAGAUACCACACAACGAGCAGAUACCCCGGAUUCCAUCCUUCCCCUCCGUGUAUCACCCGACCUCAUCCAAGAUUAUUCUCCCUCCCCACCCCCAGGCAUCGUCCCACCCGACCCAGAACUCAUGCCACUUCCAGAAACGAGCAUGCAUUCCCGAUAUUCAACAGAGGUGUUCGAUGUUCUCCAGACUUACCGCGGUCUUCCACAGCUGGAUAGACUGUUUUCAGAUUCCGCAGGGGAGACGACUAUCAAAAUGUCUCUUCGCGCAGAGGAUAGCGCCGCGCCGCGUAAUGACCCCCGUUUUGUCCUCUGGGGGGAAAUACAUGUCUCUUCUGAUUUGGAUGGUGAUGAUGUUUCGGUGUCGCAGAGCAGUCGCGGUGGAAUGUCUUCUUCUUCUAAUUCUCGCAGGGGCCGUGGACCUAUAGAUGUGCCUGUAGUACGUGUCGAUGGAGAAAGCUUGACCACCAAGGUGCUCAUCGCAGCGACGAUCGAAAGAUGGAUUGCCCAGCUAACAAGCGAUCUUGACUAUGAUGAACUACUCAACUUCUUCCUCACCUACCGAACAUACAUAUCAGCCGUCGACCUCUGCCACCUCCUCAUCUGUCGUUUUCACUGGGCGCUGAGCGGCAAAGACGAUAUGGUACGGAAAAUCGUGCGCGUGCGGACAUUCGUAGCUAUCAGAUACUGGCUAUUGACGUUCUUCGUCAUGGAUUUUUUAUCGAACCGAGAGUUGAGGCUUUUGUUAGCGAGUUGGUUAAAUACCCUUGUGAAGGAUCCCAUUUUGAAGAAACAUCAGGAUGGUCUUAACAUCGUAAGGAAACUCAUUAAAGUUGUCAAAGACUGCAAGGAAGCCCAUACCCGCAGACACCGCUCUGGCUCCGUUUCUGCACGUCAAAGCCUAAACAUUCCCACCAGACCCCGACCCACGCAUGUCCUAGGCGAAAAAUUUGCAGAAGCCAUAUCCUCCAAACAGCAAGACGACUCUGAUGUAGAUCUCGAUUUUGCUCCCGACGAACCACCUACACAUCCCCAAUCUAUCUUCCAUGGCGACAACAGCACUGCGUUUUCGUUCAAUUCUGGCAGCGUGUCUUCUCCGCCCAGGGCUCCUGCGAUUUUGCAACAACCUUUGCAGAUGAACAUACUCCAGCAGAGUCGAGCUUCUAUCUCAGCGUCCUCUAAUGCAAGCGAUACCACUCCUACGAACAGCUCCCUUCCUCCCAUUGUAUUUCCCCAGAGUGCGAUCUCUCGUGCAUUCGUGAAGACAAUCGGGCGUUUGGGAAGAUGGAAAAGAGUGUUGAACUUGAGACAGACUGUGGAUACGGGCCUUGCAGUUCCUGCAAACGUUUCGGCAUUUGAUUUGGAGUUGAAUGCAACGGGGGAUUUGUUGAUGGUUAGGGGCGGUGUUGAGCAGUAUCUGAAGAUGAUUGAACCAAUGGGUCAGAGUGCGGUGGAGAGUGCGGUCAAAGGGCUUGAGGCGAAGUUGGACCUACCCUCACUGCAGACGCAAUUACGGGUUGUCAAGGAGGUGGAGGAAGAGGAGGAGCGGGAUAGUGUGGCAGUGGUUUCUCUGAGCGACAAGCCCGUUUCGAUACAGGAAAAACGCCAGUCCACGCAGGAGAAACACCAAUCAAUGCAGGAGAAACGUCAGUCCACACAGGAGAGACCCCAGUCUAUACAGGAGAGGCGCCUAUCCAUAUCGUCGGUCUCCCGCACGUCCACGCGCACACACUCAACAGACUCCUUCGGCUCAAUCUUAUCCUCACGAUCACGGAUCAAUCCCCUCGUCGCCCAAGUGCAGGCCCAGCCACCAUGGCGUUUCGACGUCGUUUCCAUUGACGACCUAGAUCUCUCAGAUACCUCUUCUGAGGCGCAUGGUGAGAAUCCACCUGUACCACCAGGUCUGCGUAAGCCCCCGCGUCGACUGCCUCUCCGGCGGGAUUUCGAGUUCAUACGUCGGUCUGUGGACAGCGUUUCCUCGUUGGGAUUCCGUUCUCGGGACUCGGUAGCCUCGGGUGGAUCUGCUGUGUCGUCUGCGUCUGUCGGAGCUGCAUUAGGGAAUGGUAUCCAGCAGUGGCAGGUGAACGCCCUCGUGGAUUCCUUGAGCGACGAGGAGGAUAAUGGGGGCGUCGAGGAGGCUCUGAGACGUCUUGAAGGGCAGAUCAAUCCUCAGAAGCGGAAAGAGAAAGCGAAGAAGGUGGAUGGGUGGGUACGUACGAUUCAGGAGCGGAUGGCUGUGGGUGAUUUUGGGGAUGAACAGCCGAGGUUUUUUGCGUUGGAUAGUGAGGAAGAGGAUGACGAGGAUGAUUAUGAGAUUGAUCAGCACGAGACUGGAGCAUCGAGGGUGGAUGAACAGAUUCUUGUAGGCACUGGGUCGCAGGUGACGAUUUCGGGGGCUACGACGACGACGACGACUACGGAUGACUACUUCGGCUUGGUGGGUUCGGAAUUGACGUCAGGGACGGUGGAAGCCGUGUUUGAAGGGUCGGGACCGACUUCGCCGCCCGUGAGGAUGAGCGACUUGAAACCUGCGCCUGAAGAUGCUGUUCCACUUGAGAUAUUGCAGAGCCGGGUACCUUCAAGACCGUCUACGUCCCAUGGCUCGCCUACACCAUCCCCCUUUAUAAUAACCUCUCCAUCCAAAUUCAUUUCUCCUGGUCGAAAGCAACACCGAAGCUGGAUCCUGAAUGUGUGCACUGACACGAUCGUACAACAUUUUUCGAUGAUCGACCGAGAGCUUUUCUUGGGGGUCAAGCCUGAAGAAUUGAUCAUGGACGAUUGGAUGUCGUGUCAGGAAGUGAACGUGCUGGAUUGGGCACAGUAUCUCAAGGACCGGGCGCGUUGGAAGGCUGAAUCACGGUGGAGCCAAAAGACGACUGCAUUGGCUGCUGUUCGAGGGCGGUUUAAUCUGCUUGCGAAUUUUGUGGUUGCCGAGAUCGUGAUGACGCAUCCGAGCGAUAGGGCGAUGUUGGUGGGCAAGUUUAUUCGUGUCGCUUUGAAAGCAUACGUCCAAAGUAAUUUCAAUACGUUGGCAGCUAUCAUCGCCGGUUUGCAAAACGAGUGGGUCGCGAAAGCUAUGCAUCGGCAUUGGGGACGAGUGAGGCUGUGGGAGAACGGGGUGUUCCAAAAGCUGAAGAAAUUUGUGUUACCGGACAAUGAUUUCAAGGCUAUGCGCGAUGCUAUCGCUACUAUGGCAGACCCGAAGACUCUGAGUGUGACGAAGCGGACGUCUACGGUCUUGAGCAGCAGCAGCACAGACCUACCCUCGGGGAAAUCAAAAGGUUCUAAUGAUGCCAAGACGCCAUCAGCCUGCGUCCCAUUUAUCGGGGUCUACCUCUCUCAACUAUACCGCUACAGCAGACUCCCAGAUCUAAUCGACCCAACCUCGCCUCACGACCCCGUCGGCAUCGACUCACAGACCGUCAAUUUCGAGUCUCCAGCCCACCCAGAGGUAUUCGAUUCGCUGACGCCUCUCCCGCCUUCGAUGCAGCUAGAGCCAUUGAUCAACGUUCAUAAGCAGCGGCUUAUUGCUGGCGUGAUCAAGGAUUUGGUUGGCGGGCAGCAUCUUGCAAGCAGGGUUCAAUAUCCGAUAGAUAAGAAGUUGUAUGGGAAGUGUCUUAGGAUAAGGGGGCUUGAUGGGGAGACGAUGCAGAUGGCGUAUAGUAUGUAUGCAGAGUCGGAGACAGGGGUGACGGUGCGUCCGACAGGGUUCAUGCCUUUGUAGAGUGUGUCAUGCUGGAUGUUAUUCCGCUAUGCUGGGAGGUGAUCACUGGUACUUUUGUUCUUCGACAUUUUUUUUAUUUGAUUUCAUGCGCAAUAUGGAUAUAUAGAGCCUGUUUUCAAUCUUUGUUGUAUUGACAAGAGUAAUGUAUGCAAUACGUAGUUGAGAUUAAGGUCCCCCGAGGAGCUGCCACUACUUUUGACGGCAAGCGAUUGAUCAGUCAUUCUGUUUCCAGUAUAUAUCCACUCGUUCAUCGCGCUUCCGAACGUGUAUGUAUGCCUGCAACCCGAUGCGUAUAUAUAAUUGGUUCCUCUGAAGUACAUGUCCGUCACGCUGUUUACUGUCCUCAGCUAUAAAUGAAAAUGCGAGACGAAAGAUUCUAGGUACUCGGGAAGACUGGACCUGAAAAUUUCGACCAUGAAGUACUCCAUACC